CUGUGUGCCACGUCAUCGCCCAUCGCCCAGAGUGACGUAAGCGGAAGUGCGGCGCGCCGGAGUUCCACUCACUGCAUCUGAAUACACUUCACUUUCACAACAUUUUGGGUUUUUACACCAAGCCUCGCUUCUGACCGACGGAUGCUCGAUUUUAUCUGCAUGACGUAUUGGCAUUCAUCCAUUCACCUUCCACACACGAGAGCUUUAUCCUGAUCAGGGUGACGGUGGAUCCGGAUCCUAACCUGGAAACACCUGGACAUGACAGCCUGUGUUAUGUUGCUGGACGAGACGCCGCUGUUUGACCCCUGCCUGCUCCAGGAGCUGGACUGGAGUAGCAGCAAGGUGUCUUUCUCGCCCCCCAUCUCGCCCCUGGAGCCCGGAGACGGCCUCGUCCUCCGUCCUCUCCGCCCUGCCGACUUAGACAGAGGACUGUAUAAGGUGCUGUCGCAGCUCACAGUGGCAGGAGACGUCACAAAAGAGCAGUUCAGAGCAAAUUUUGAACACAUGAAGAAAACGGGCGACUAUUACGUCAUCGUGGUCGAGGACACGAACGUGGGACAAAUUGUUGCCACGGCGACGCUCAUCGUGGAACACAAGUUCAUCCAUGCGUGCGCAAAGCGAGGGCGUGUCGAGGAGGUGGUGGUCAGCGACGUCUGCCGAGGAAAACAGUUGGGAAAACUACUCGUCGCGACGUUGACUCUGCUCAGCAAAAAACUGCAGUGCUACAAGAUCACGCUGGAGUGCGCGCAGAAGAACGUGGAGUUCUACAAGAAGCUGGGUUACACGCCUUCAGAGGAGACCUACAUGCAGUGUCGCUUCUUCGACUGAGUCCUCCAGGGACGUUACGGCGCGUACGGCUCCCGACGUCCGAGCUCACGGUGACCGGACGCUCGGUUUACCUUACUUCUGCGCCAGUUUCCUCUCAACAACGAGCAGAGACUUAUUAAAAAAACAAAACAAACAAAAAAACAAACAAAAACGCCAAAUCUAUAGCAUGAUGAAGGAUUGUGAAAGUAGAAUACCAGGCACUUAUACCCUCAGAAGGUCUCUUCAUUUGUUAGUCAUUUAUGCUGGAAGCUAUCUUUAUGAAGAAGGUACUUGAAUAUUUUCUAAAAACAGAAGUCUACUUUUCUAUUCUAUAUGGUAAUUUAUAUUUUACGUAUAAUAAACGACCAAAAUAUUCUCCGA